CCACAUUUGAAUUAUUUUUAUUGUGGAUUUUCUACCUCUAAACUAAAAAUUAUAUAAGAUAAGCUAAUAAAGUUAAGGAUAAAUUCCAGUGUUUACGCUGUAAUACAAUCGUGGAAGGUUGACUCAGAAAUUUAUCACAUCGUAUUAUUAAUUUUGUAUUUUAACAAAGGAAUCUAUACAUUUUUGAAUUAUAUUCUUCUUUUUCAAGUUUUAUUCCCGAUUUUCAGAUUAUUUUUCAAUCCAGGAUUAUUUUCUCUAAUUCCAACUUUUUAAAAAUCGUCUACUUUUUUACAAUAACUCAAAAAUCUGAUUAUAUUAUAAAACUGCUUCAUAAUACUAACCAAUAUUUGGAUAGUAUAAGUGAAAACAGGAUAGUGAAUAGAUUAUGAUUAUGUUAAAAGAUGCAUAAUUUCCAGAAGCCAGAAAAUGCCCUGAAAAGGGCGGCAGAGCUGCGUGCGAUAGGCCAGAGUGAUGAGGCGUUGGUGAUUUUACACUCAGCAAUCGGCCACAGGUUUUUCCGCAUCCAGGGCUGGGAUAUGGUCCAGGAGCAAAUCAUGCUUGAGUAUGUUGCGCUGUGUAUAGACCAGGACAAACUCAGGAUGGCUAGAGAUGGACUACAUCAGUACCGUCUGAUAUCGCAGCAUGCUAACGUGGCCUCUUUGGGCAAGGUUAUAGUGGAGUUGCUGGAUAGGGCCGAAAGCAGACUUGUAAACGUAAAGUCAAAGUUGCCAGCCUCUUACACCGGAAAGUCACCAACACAGUUUACCAGUGGAAUAGUGGAGGACGGCAUGGAAUAUGACGAGACUCCUGAGGGUUUGAUGGCAAGCACUUUGCAAGUCGAGAUGAGGGACCCUCACAGUAAAACACUUCACGACGUGUACCGCUUCCUGUGGGAGAUUUACAAGAUGAUCCUGGACAUAACUAGAGCUACACCUAAGCUCGAGAAGGUUUACCACGAGACUGCAAGGAAGGCAAUAACUUUUUGCAGAGAAAACAGCCGUUUGGUAGAGUUUAAGCGCCUUUGCGACGUUAUGCGAGGCCAUUAUGCAUUCUUACUAAAGGUACAAAACAAGCCUGAAAUGGAGUGUAUGCUAAAGCCUGAACUUCAUAUUGAGACCAGGAUAAAUCAGCUAAUAUCGGCCUGUGAACUAGGCAUGUGGAAAGAAGCCUUUAACACUGUUGAAGAUCUGUACACUUUGGGUAUUAGAGAUUACAUUACCAAGACUUUCCAGGGCUCAGUCUCAGUACUUGGUCAGCAGAAGGAGAAGCUUCUAAAGUGGCUUGCAAUUUUCUAUGAAAAACUGGCCCUGAUUUUCUGGGUCUCAGACCUGUUACUAUUCCACGCACUCGCAGUUCUUCGCUAUGUUAUGCACAUUCGGAUGUAUAAGAAGAAGGUCACUGAGGAGGAAAUUACGUAUCUAUGCUCAAAGUGUGUUCUAGCCGUUCUUUCAGUCCCAAACCAUUCACUCAGUCCGUCCUCAUCAACCGCCUCCUCAACUGCAGUCUAUGAAAUGCAGAAAAGAAUGUCAACUCUUCUAGGAUAUAACACUAUACCAACUAAGGAAACACUACAUUACUCUUUGGCACUUAAAAACGUACUGCCACUAGCACAUAAAAAUGUACAAAAGUUAUAUGAUCUUGUUGAAAAUGAUAAUUCCAUGAAACUAUGCCAGCAACUUGUUUUAAUACUCAAUGAACCAAAUAGUGAUAAUGUAGAGAAAGAUUCAACAGACUCUAAAGAAGGUGAAACAAAAACUGAUGAAGCUAAAACCGGCGCUGAACCUAACAAACCUACUACUACUUUGCCCAACACUUAUAAAGAGGACUUAGCUAGGUAUUAUGAAAAGGUUAAAAGUGUAGUGUUUCAUAAAGUUUUGACACGAUUAUCGAAAGUGUAUGCAUCAAUGACCAUUGAUUUCUUUACGAAAACGAUUUGUCCGCCCGAAUUUUACACUUGGGACUACGCAGAGAAGGAGAUAGUGGAGUUGGUCCACAAAGGUUUGUGUCAUGUUCGUUUUGACUACACUAACAAAGUUCUCUACUUUAACUCCUCGUCAGUUAAUUCUGACUCUAUUGCCUCAAUCAGACAUCAGUUGACGGAUUUGGGUAAGAAUUUGUACUACGCGAUCACGAUUUUGAGCCCAACAGACGUUAACAAGAGUGCAGAACAACGCAGACUACAACUUGUCUCAAUGAAAAACUCAAUUGAGAAGGAGCGUUCACGUCUAAUGAAGCGCACGAGCGAGAUUUACCAGCGUAGGCAGGAGCACCAGGAGGAGCAGAUGCGCGUAGAGGAGGAGAGGAAAAAGCAGGAACUCCAGCAGAAAAUUAACGAAGAAAAGGCUGAAAAGGAGAGAAGAGAAGAAGCCCUCAGACAACUUGAACUCCAACGCAAAAAGGACGAACGCUAUAAGAUCAAAAGCGAUAUCGCCAAUCAAAUGUUACAGGAGCUCCGUAAAUUAUGUUUAUCGUCAAGUAGUAAGAUUUAUAUAAAGGGCAAGGGUCUGGACGAGUUUACAGUAGAUGACCUGAUUGAAGGCUUGUUGGAGUGUGAAGACCUUGAGAAGGCUCAGGAAGAACACAUGGUUAGAGAACGCCAGGAACUUCAGAAGCAGAGAAGAAAUGAAGUUAGGAAAGUUGAACACUUUCUUAGAGCCGUUAGGGAAGCAGAUAAGCAGUUGUAUGACGCAUAUUUGGAAGAUCUGGUGAAGAGAGAUACCGCAUUAUUGUUAGAAGUACAGAAAAGUCGUGAAGACAAGUAUAAGCAGAAUGCAGAAGCGAUGAGGCAAGAAAAAAUAUUAUUCAAGUCCUUUGAAGCAGAAAAACAGCAGUGGGUAGAGAAGCAACUCCAGUCCAGAAAGAAAGAACAUCAGUCUAAGGUUGACGCACAAAACGCACGUUUCAAGAAGAUGCUGGUUGAGGAGAAAAUAGCUAGAGCUAAAAUGAGAUAUAACCAGGAACAAUUAAGGUUGGAGCAGAAACGUAAGGAAGAACAGUUGAGACUGGAGCAAAAACGUAAAGAAGAGGAGUUGAGGUUGGAACAGAAGCGUAAGGAGGAGGAAUUGAGAAAGAGGAGAGAGCAGGAACUCCAUAGGCAAAGAUUAGAUGAAAUUGCUGAAAUACAGAGACAAAAACAAUUAGAAAUUGAAAGAAGGCUCGCAGCAACCAAUAAUACAGUCACAGUCAACUCAGGAUAUGGUUUCAGUAACUCUGUAAAUAAAGAUGUUGGUAGAAAUUACCAAAAAGGCAUGACCAGAGAUUUAAAUAACUCAUCGGUAAGAGAUAUGUCAAUUAGGGAUUCAUCUGUCAGAGAUGCAUCAGUAAGAGACACCUCAAUGAGAGAUAAUUUAACCGUAAGAAAUAAUGUGAUGAGAGAUAACGCGGUGAUGGAGAGAAACCAGAAUAGAAGAAGAGAAUAUAGCAACGCACAUCAAGGUCAAGGAAGCUCAGGAUUCUCGAGACAUGAUCCCUUUAACAGAAAUUUGGCCAGAAAUGACUCAGAUUUGACAAGAGCAGAAGUGACCAGGGCCGACAAUAAGGUGGAAAACGCAAACUCUACAUACGGAGACCCGGAUAAGCCAGCAGUAAAGGAGAUUAACCGUCAGACCACAGAUGACUCAAAUUGGCGCAGCGAUAUAAAGAAGACAACGAGUAAACUUUUCAAAAGCUUCUCUAAAAAAUCCGUAAAAACACCAAGCGAUGAUGAAGGAAACUGGAGAACAUAAUCGUCAUUUAUAUACUAAUAUAUUUAUAUAUUUA